CACCAGCAUCAGAAUCCUUCUCUCCACUCUACUCCCCUUACCCCAAACAUAAGCACAAUGACCCACUCAACCACCCCAGUCGACGUCCCUCGCGACGCCCAGCGCGUCUUCGAAGUGAUCAAAAAUCAAGGCAUUGCCCUCAUCCCCGGCAGCAUCGGCUACGGCCUGGUGGCCAGCGACCCAGCAGCCCUGGACCGCCUCUUCACAACGAAGCGCCGCAAACCACACAAGAAGCACGCCAUGAUCGGAAGCUACGCGCUCCAUCAAGAAAUUCACAUCCUCCCGGCCCGCGAAGAGUCCAUGGUUCGGACCUUAACCGUGGAUCUAGAUGUGCCCGUCGGCGUCGCGGCCCCGUUUCGGCCCGACCACCCAAUCAUCCAGAAACUUGGCCCUGAGUUGCUCUCACGCUGCACGCACGACGGCACCCUUUCCAUGCUAGUCAAUGGAGGACCCUUCCAGGAGGAACUCAUUCGGUUGUGUCAUGCAGCGGGAUUACCACUGCUCGGUUCGUCGGCCAAUAUCUCAGGGUCGGGGAUGAAGGUCCGCAUUGAGGAUAUUGAGCCCGAGAUAGUGGAGGCCGCGGAUAUCGUGAUCGAUUAUGGGAAGCGCACGUUUAGUGUGCCGCGGGCGUCAUCGACAAUUAUCAACUUCCGGGAUAUGAAGCUCGUGCGGUAUGGCGCUUGCUAUGAUGUGAUUCAGGACGUAUUGAAGAAGUUCUAUGGUGUCGAGCUGCCGGAAGAUCCGGGCAAGGAGGAGUUAUUUUCGGGACAUGUUGAUGUUCAGCAGGCGACUGUGUAUUGAGAACGCACUUCCUUUACUAUACUAUGCUCUAUAUACCGAGUGUAUACAUGAACAAACC